AUGCCUCUAAAUCCGCAGGCCAUCUAUCCGGCCACGGACCCGGAAUUCAUCCAGUUUCCCAGCCGGCGAAGCACCGUCCACAGCACCAAGGGCAUCGUCUCGUCCACCCAGCCGCUCGCGACCCAAGCCGGGGUCCGCAUCCUGCGCCAGGGGGGCAACUGCGCCGAUGCCGCCGUCGCCGUCGCCGCGGCGCUCAACAUGACGGAGCCGGGCAGCACCGGCAUCGGCGGCGACUGCUUCUGCCUCUUCUACGACGCCAAGACGAAGAAGGUGCACGCCAUGAACGGCUCGGGGCGGGCGGGCGGCAAUGUCUCGCUCCAGACCAUCCGCGAGGACUUGGGCAUCGCGCCGGGCGAGAUCGGCAGCAUCCCUAUGACGAGCGUUCACGCCGUUACCGUGCCCGGCGCGCCGGCCGGCUGGGUCGAUGCCGUCGAGCGCUUUGGGAGCGGCAAGGUGUCGCUCGAGGAGAUCCUGGCGCCUGCCAUCGAGCUGGGCGAAGAGGGCUUCCCAGUGUCGGAGCUGAGCAGCUCCUUCUGGCACAACAGCGAGCAGACCAUCAGGAACGCGAGCCCUAACUUUGCUGAGAUGCUGAAGAAGGAUCCCGCCGCCAAGGAUGGCUGCAGGGCGCCGAACCCGGGCGAGAUCUUCAAGAACCCGACGCUGGCGAACACGUUCAGGUUGUUGGCUAAGAACGGAAAGAAGGGUUUCUACGAGGGCCCGGUUGCGGAGGCGCUGAUCAAGGUCGUGCAAGACCUCGGAGGGCGCCUUACUCUGGAGGACUUGAAGAGGCAUGCGGAGCUCGGCAGUGAGCCGGUGGAUGCGAUUUCGCUCAAGUUUCACGGGCAGGGGGUUGGGGACUUGCACCAGAAGCACAUGCACGACGGAGGAGACGAGGGCGUGGAGGUGUGGGAGCACCCGCCGAACGGCCAGGGGAUCGUGGCGCUGAUGGCAUUGGGCAUGCUGCAAGAGCUCGAGAAGACGGGCAAGAUCUCCAAGUUCACGUCAAGGGACCACAACUCGGCAGAACACCUACACGCCGUCAUCGAGACGCUUCGCAUCGCCUUUGCAGAUGCAGGCUGGUGGGUGACGGACCCGAACGUGGAGAAGGUGCCCACUCAGGAGCUGAUUUCACAACCCUACCUGGCCGAACGCGCAAAGCUCUUCAACCCCGCGAGCGCCUCGGACAUCCCCGACCACGGCUCGCCGGCGCACAACCACAGCGACACGGUCUACUUCUGCUGCACCGACAGCGAGGGCAACGGCAUCUCGUUCAUCAACAGCAACUACGGCGGGUACGGCACAGCCAUCAUCCCGCAGGGCUGCGGCUUCACGCUGCAGAACCGCGGGGCCAACUUCAGCCUGCAGCCGGACCACCCCAACGUCAUCAAGCCCAACAAGCGCCCCUACCACACCAUCAUCCCGGCCAUGAUCACCAACCCGUCCGACGGCAGCCUGCACUCCGUCUACGGCGUCAUGGGCGGCUUCAUGCAGCCCCAGGGCCACGUCCAGGUGCUGCUGAACAUGCUGGUGUUUGGCCACACGCCGCAGUCCGCCCUGGACGCGCCGCGCGUGUGCAUCGGCGCGGGCAUGCCGGAUCAGCGGAACGAGCAGAAGGCCAUUGACCGGACGGUUUAUCUGGAAGACGGCAUCAGGCCGGAUGUGGUGGAGAAGCUGAAGGCGAUGGGCCACCAGGUCGAGGUUGUGAAGGGACAUCAGCGUGGACUGUUUGGUAGGGGCCAGGUCAUCAGGUGUCAUGUGGAAGACGGGCAGACGGUGUGGAGCGCCGGAAGCGAUCCUCGCGGCGAUGGAGCAGCGAUGCCGGUGUGA